CACCUGUUCCGUCAGUCAUUUCUCAGCGUGUAGGUGUGUUUCCAAGAACAGAGCAGCAGCUGAGGGACAGUGUGCGAAGCGAGGUGCACCGCCGCAAUGGACUGACCGGAAAACAGCUCUUUUUGUGCUCUUUGAUACUCAGCUGGUUUUACAGACACUUUCUGACGACAUCUUCGAUCCCUUUCAAAGACUGAUCCUUGGUGAAGUCUGCACGCUCAAAAGAGGACGGUGGAGCCGCCGUCCUGCCCUUGUCCUCUUCUGCGUGCGAUGCCGAAGAGUGACACGUGGCCAGGCGGCAUUGCCUUGGAAUCCUUGAACAAUAUGGACAGUGCCGGGAGCUGUGACAGUGUUAUCAGCAUGAACUCCGGCUAUAGUGAAGACAGUAUGGAGCACUUAUCUCCUGAGGAGAGAGCAUGUCUCAUGUAUCUUGAAGAAACAAUUGAAGCACUGGAGGUGCAGGAAGACAGCGGCAUAUCCAAUGACGAACCAGACUCUGGGUUCAGAGUUAACGACAUUUCCAGUUUCAGGUCUGAUGAGUCCUCUGGAGAUCAGAAAUCAGACCAAGCUUUCCAUCAUGCUUUCAAUGGACCCUCCCAACCACAGUCCACUCCUGGCCUUGAAACAUCAGAGAACCUCGGCGCUCAUCUUGGACCUUCAGCCACUGAAUCAGUGUCUGGUAGUGAGAUCCACCAACCAUCUGCUCUGACCACAGAGUUGUGCGUAUCAAAGGAUGAAGAUGGCAAUCUAAGGAUCGUCCCAAGUACCAGCCUUUCCCCAGAUCACUCUCCUAAGGCCCCUUCUUCAAAGGCUCCUGAGGUAUACAUGGGUUUUAUCCCCCCUCCUUCAGACUUCAUGGAUGAGCCAGCACCUCAUCACCGGGUCCUGACUGCGAAAGACCUUCUCUCACCUCAAGUUGUAUCAGACAACAAGCCGGGACCAACUGUUGACUUGGAGCAGCUUCUUGAUAACACUUCCACAAAGAGAGCUUCAAUGAGCUUCCCUGACAAGCCUCAAGAACUGAGUCUAUCAGCCGUCAGCCCCAGUCCCCCAUUGAGUCCUCCUCCGCCGCCUGAAGUUGCAGAGCCCAAAAGUCCUCCUGCUGUGGCCCCGAAACCAAAGAGGCUUCCUGCCAACAUCAUUCUGAAGUCGCACAAGGCAGCAGUGGCUGAUGGGAACUCAGGGCAUUCUGCACCAACAAGCGGUGACCGGAUGAUGUUGGACCCUCAGAGGGUUCGCAGGGAGGCUCUCCGAAAGCUCGGCUUGCUUAAAAGCGAUGAAGUGGAGUCAAGCCCAAACAUGAGUCCUAGACUCUCCCCACAAUCUAGGAGGUCAUGGGCGGCUCCUUCUUCUCCAAUGAGCCCACAUGCACCUCCCUUAACACCAGCUUACCCAAGUGUCCACAGCCCAUCCCCUGUCACCAUCACCGUCCAGGCUCCUGCAGCUGAGUCACCACCAAGGACUCUCACAGCCAUUCCAGCACCAGAUGCAUUCAGCGACCCUGACGGAUCUUUGCACUCAGAUAAUGAACUUUCUGCUGGCUCAGAUGUGUCAGAGGUCACUCCCCCUGUUACCCCUCCAGUCCUGAUCAAGCAGCUAAGCCCACCAAAGAUCCUAGGAGUCAAAUCAGCCACCCUUGAGCGCUCCGGCCUAGGUCUAAGCAGCUAUAUGGCUGCACAAGACUCCAGUGAAGCUGGCAUCAGUGGCAAACUAAGCCCAAACCAGCUACGUAAUAAUCGCCCACGCCCUGCCUCUCUGGGGAGCAGGCAAGAGUUCUCAGGUGCUCAAGGAGAGGGUCUGAAGGUGGGCGGUGCUACUAGCAAAGAGCCAGACAUACGGAGGUCCAUGAUAGCUUCUCAGCCUUUCAGUAACUCUAAGAAGCUGCCUCGAUCGGAGGGCGUCAGUGUGCUGAUCUGCCCUCGAUCUCAAAAUGAAGAAGAUCGCCGCGAGGCCCUGAGGAGGCUUGGGCUGCUCAGGGACUGAAGCUCUGACAACAAAUCCUUCACCUGAUCUGACUCCCACAGACUCCCUGUGCAAACUGUAUCCAAAGGAACAUACCAAACUUUGAUUAAGCCUUUUUGAAAACUUAAGGGGGAAGCAGUUUAAUCACACAUUUAUGCAUUAUCAUUUCUACUGUUUUAAGCUACAAUAUCCAGAGACCGCCUAACAUUGAGUGGCAUUACAUCUGUUUGUAACCUAGAUUGUACUUUUAAUGUAAAGGGUUUUGUUUCCAAUAAAACUGAAAAUUGUUGUCAGACUCUC